CACAUGAAACUAAGAAACCAAACUCAGGUUUCAGGAUUCCUUCUCCUGGGACUCUCAGAGGACCCAGCACUGCAGCCUCUCAUCUUUGGGCUCUUCCUUUCCAUGUACCUGGUCACCAUAAGUGGGAACCUGCUCAUCACCCUGGCCAUCCUCUCAGCCUCCCAUCUCCACACACCCAUGUACUUCUUCCUCGCCAACCUGUCCUUGGCUGAUGUCGGCUUCACCUCCACCACCGUCCCCAAGAUGCUGGUGAACAUCCAGACGCAGAGCCAAGCCAUCAGCUAUGCAGGCUGCCUCACACAGAUGUUCUUCUUCUUAAUCUUUGCAGGGCGAGAAAACUUUCUCCUCACUGUGAUGUCCUAUGACCGGUUUGUGGCCAUCUGUCACCCCCUGCACUACAUGGUCAUUAUGUCCCCCUGGCUUUGUGUGCAGCUCGUUCUGGUGUGCUGGACCAUCAGUGUCCUGCAUGGUUUGUUACACAGCUUCAUGGUGCUGAGGCUGAGUUUCUGCACACACCUGGAAAUCCACCACUUCUUCUGUGAGUUGAAUCAGGUGGUCCACAUUGCCUGUUCUGACACCUUUCUCAAUGACCUCAUGAUGUAUCUGGCAGCUAUACUGCUGUUGGGGGGUCCCCUGUCUGGGAUCCUGUACUCCUACUCUAAGAUUGUCUCCUCCAUCCGGGCCAUCUCCUCAACUCAGGGCAAGUAUAAAGCCUUUUCCACCUGUGCCUCUCACCUCUCUGCCGUCUCCCUAUUUUAUGGCACAAGCUUAGGUGUGUACCUCAGUGCCAGCGCUGCCCCAAGUUCAGCCUCAACUGCAGCCUUGGUGAUGUACACCGUGGUCACCCCCAUGCUCAACCCCUUCAUCUACAGCCUGAGGAACACAGACAUGAAGAAGGCUCUGAGGAGACUGCUGUUCCCUAAAUGA